GACUGUCGCCCGCAGGAGUGCCGCUCUCUCUCACCCGGGUUUAAGUAACGCCGAAGUGGCUGAAACUCGUUUCUCCUCUUUCUCCUUUUCCAGGAAGGCACAGUGAAGAGCUACAGACACACGGAGCACAGGUUCUCUUCAUUUGACAGACUUUUUUUUUUUUAUACUUAUCGGCUCCUCGCUCACAGCAAGGAAAAAGGACAGAAACAUGCCCAAAGCGGUCAAUGUUCGCGUCACCACCAUGGACGCUGAGCUGGAGUUUGCCAUCCAGCCCAGCACCACCGGCAAGCAGCUGUUUGACCAGGUGGUUAAAACCAUCGGCUUACGGGAGGUCUGGUACUUUGGACUCCAGUACAUGGACGCUAAAGGUUACCACACUUGGCUUAAACUGGACAAAAAGGUGUCCUCCCAGGAUGUGAAGAAGGAGAACCCACUGCAGUUCAAGUUCCGGUCCAAGUUCUUCCCAGAGGACGUGUCGGAGGAGCUGAUCCAGGACAUCACCCAGAAGCUUUUCUUCCUGCAGGUGAAAGAGGGCAUCCUGAGCGACGAGGUUUACUGUCCGCCAGAGACGGCCGUGCUGCUGGCGUCCUACUCCGUUCAGGCCAAGUUUGGAGACUACAACAAAGAAGUCCACCGGCCGGGAUACCUGCUGUCUGAACGCCUGCUACCACACAGAGUGCUGGAGCAGCACAAGUUAUCCCGAGAGCAGUGGGAGGAGAGGAUUCAGGUGUGGCAUGAGGAGCACAAUGGGAUGUUAAAGGAGGACGCUAUGCUGGAGUACCUGAAGAUCGCACAGGACCUGGAAAUGUACGGAGUCAACUACUUUGACAUAAAGAAUAAGAAAGGAACAGAGCUGAGGCUGGGAGUGGACGCACUGGGACUCAACAUUUAUGAGAAAGAUGACAGAUUGACCCCAAAGAUUGGCUUCCCCUGGAGUGAGAUCAGAAACAUUUCCUUCAACGAUAAGAAGUUCAUCAUCAAGCCCAUCGACAAAAAGUCUCCGGACUUUGUGUUUUAUGCACCAAGACUGCGCAUAAACAAGCGCGUCCUGCAGCUGUGCAUGGGCAACCACGAGCUCUACAUGCGCCGUCGCAAGCCAGACACGAUUGAGGUGCAGCAGAUGAAGGCACAGGCCCGAGAGGAUAAGCAACAGAAACAGCUGGAGAGGGCCCAUCUGGAUAACGAGAAGAAGAAGAGGGAGGCCAUCGAGAGAGAGAAGGAGCAGAUGGAGCAGGAGAAGCAGGAUCUGAUGAUGAGGCUCUUACAGUUUGAGGAGAAGACCAAGAAGGCAGAAAGAGACCUGACUGAGCAGCGACAGAGGGCCCAGUUGCUGGAGCAGGAGCGCAUGAAAGCCGAGGAAGAGGCCGCUCGCCUGGAGGGAGAGCGUCAGGCUGCCCUGCUGGCUAAAGAGGAGCUCGCCCGCCAUGCUGAGGACCAGAAGAAGAGUCAGGAACAGCUGGCUGCCGAGCUUUCAGAGUACACUUCUAAGAUCACUCAACUGGAGGAGGCCAAGAGACUCAAGGAGGCAGAGGCCGAUACCUGGCAGCUCAGGGCUAAGGAGGCCCAGGACGAUCUGCUGAAGACCAAGGAUGAGCUGCACAUGGUGAUGGCAGCGCCCCCACCCCCACCACCUCCCCCACCGAUGUACGACAACAUCGACGACAACAGCGACAGCGAGGAGAACAACAGCACGCACAGCGCCGACCUGCAGACCGAGGGCAUCAACGACCACCGCAACGAGGAGGAUCGCCUCACUGAGGCCGAGAAGAACGAGCGCGUGCAGAACCAGCUGAAGGCUUUGACCUCAGAGCUGGCUCAGGCGCGUGAUGAAUCCAAGAACACCCAGAACGACCUCCUCCACAGUGACAACGUCCGACACGGCCGGGACAAGUACAAGACCCUGCGACAGAUCAGGCAGGGCAACACCAAGCAGAGGAUCGACGAGUUUGAGGCCUUAUAAACAGCCUGCAGCCACUCACCCUUUCUGAAUGGUCACUUAAAUCUGGCUCUUCAGCUCACACACACACACACACACACACACACACACACACACUCAUGUAUAUCACACACCAGUUGCAGACUAAACUGGAGCAGUAUCAGCACAGCAGAAGCAUUGCUUACAGAGACACGCUCCUGUUGUGGGUUUGUCUGGAAGUAUGCAAGGCUUUGCAAAUCCUCUGAACACAAUUUAGUGCCAAAACCUUUUUCUUCUUAGUGUUUCACAUCCUAUUUGUCUAUUUGAAUGUGUCUCAUUUGAUCAAUUCAGACCAAAUCAUAUUUUUAUCCACAGAUGAGAUGAAGUAGUGGGAGUAGCCAAAUUUUAUUAUUAUUAUUGAUAUUAUUAUUUCAUGAUGUGAACAUAGAGUGUGUAAUCAAAGCCUCGCUUCCUUUUCAUGUCUGUCUGUUGUUGUUGUUGGAAGAAAAGGACAGUUGUUUAGAGCGACCACUCAGAAAGGGGUAAACAGUCCAAGGAGAAAAAGAAAUUGGAUUGUGAUUUCCAUAUAUUUGAACACCUCCAUUUAUGUUUUAUUUUUGCUUUACAAUAGCUUCAAAUCAUGCCUAGUAAGAUAUUUAUACUGUAUAUGGGACAUUAAAAAGGGUAUUUCAUUUUGGUUUGUAUAUUUUUGCUAUCUACUAAUGAUAAAACAUUUAAUAUUUUCAAAGGUUUUAUAUAUUGACCAAAAUAAUAGAAGUCUUAUGUUCCAUUAUGUUUAACUUUGGAUCACUAAAGAGAUAUAACUGUAAAUUAUUAUUAUUAUUUUAUACUGUAGAAGAUAUCCAGCUGAAUGCCAUUCGAUCAGUUCAGGAGAUGGCUUUCUUUUUAGGUACUCUAGAUAAUUUCUUGCAGUGCAGUUCACAGAAUCUUGAUGAUUAUUUCAUCCUCAGAGCACUGUUUAAACUGUAACACUUUAGGUUUAAUAUAUUUUAUUUCUCUGUUCUGUUUCAUGUCUAUGUUUAGUUAAAGAUGAGCAUUGUGUGCUGCUACCCCCCCCCAGCCCCAAGUGGCCUUUCUCUCUGGCCGCCCCUCUGCAGGGUUCAGGCCCAGACGGUUGGGCUUCAGUCUUAGCCAAGGUGCAUAGAGACAAAAUAUGGAUGUAACAUUCAAAACUUUAGUUCUUUUAGUGUUAGACCCGAGGAUUGAACUGAGGGCUGAGGUGAGGUUUAUGAAGGGUUUUCAUUUUGCAGCUCGGUCCCUGACUGGACUGACUCGGACAGUAAACGCCAACCUCGCCCCCUCUCCUCUGUGGACAUGAAGUAGCAUCUACAGACACUGUAAUGAAAACAGCUCUGUCGGCCUUUGUAUACUGUAUGAGCAGGAUUUUAUAAUGAGGUGUUACACAAAUUGGCAAUAAAGAAAAAUAUGAUUUCA